UUUUAUUUUUAUUUUGUUGGACUAUUAAAUGCGUUGUGUUCCUGUUGAUUCAAGUUUCAUGCAGGCUGGAACAUGAACCUGUUAUGCUUGCACAAGUGCGUUGUGUACAAAUACAAAGAGCGAUGAUUCAUUGAGCCGGCCAGCCAGAAACACGAGAAACAACAGAACGAAGCGAGCGUGAAGCGAGAUUGAACGAGAUGAGCCGUUGAUGCUGCGAGUGUGGAAUAAGGCACGAGUAGGAAGCGAAAGAGAUACAGCGACAAAGGUCAUCCGGCAACCUUAACAUACUGGGCGAAAACAACACUUUUAGUUGUGUUCCUCCUCCCACAACAUUCUUUUACUCGUCCAUCGCUAGCCUCGCACUCGUGAUGCUGUCCAGGCAUUAUUUCGAGCGGCGCAUUCAAGUUUGCGUGCUCUGAGCGAUGUAUGAAUGAACACCGUUGUCGGCCAAUCGCAGCGAUGAGUGAUAGUGUUGUUUAUUUAUAAACGCCGCAGUGUCGUAGUGUCGGUUGCUUCCUGUGCAUCAGCAACUAGUGUUAACCUGCUAACGCCCCAGAGGAAUCCACCCCGGCGAGGAUGGCGUACAUGAACGUGAAGGAUUGGUCCGUCGAACAAGUGACCGACUGGUUGAAAGGCAUAGAUCCAGCUAUCAAACCAUAUGUGGAUUCAAAAUCCUUCGAGAAUAAUGGUGUGAAUGGUCAUCGAUUGUUGAAUUUGAGAGUGGAUGACUUGGAACACCUCGGAAUGGAAUUUCUUGGACAUCAGGAACUUAUUCUGGAAGCUGUUGAACAUUUGAGAAAUUUUCAUUAUGAGUUGGAUAAAGAAAAUCUCCAAAUGUUAGCCAUGCAUUUAUCAUGCACAUCAAAUUCUUUAAACCGUGAACUCCAUACUCAACCUGAUGAUUCAAAAAUGUUACAAACACAAACAUUAUCCGACGUCCACACUGUUUUAACCAUGAUAAAACCCUUGGUUUGUUGGUUGGAUAAAGCGCCAUUUGCCGGAGACAAAGUCUACAACGAACUAAAAACGAGUUUGCUUCAAAUGGGCCUGGAAAUGGCUACAACCGCACAUAGAGACAACUUUACCGUCACACCGAACAUAUCCAUCAGAGAUAUUUGUGAUCGAAUCACGAAAUUAGCGGAUAAAAUCAUUCAGGAGUUUGCUGAUCCUAUGAUUCUGCAACCCGCAACACUUGAUUUGUGCACUAUUAAGAAAAAAGAACAGGAUUGUGGUUUUAGUAUCUUGCCGAGCAACAAUGGCGUCCAUCAAAUUACAGAGAUUUCUGUUUCGCAUAUUAAUACAAAGUUAGAAGAUGGAGAUGAGAUUGUACAGGUUAAUUAUCAAACUGUGGUUGGAUGGAAUCCGAAGGAAGUCAUGCAUCUGUUGGAGAUAAGUCCGUCGGAAAUUGUUUUAACCUUAAAGAAACGCCCGAGACAUACGAAAGUUUACGGUCAGAUUUAUAUGAAACCUUAUCGACUACCAAGUAGGAAACGAUCGGCGCCAUUUUCCAGAUGGAAUGAGAAUUUACCAUCACCGAGACUUUUGGCUAUUCCUGAUUUACCUCCGAUUGCUAUUCAUAAAUUAGCACAAGCCGCACCAAUUCCCGAAGUCGAUGCCGAUGUGAGUUCGAGCGAAAGCGAUGGCGAACCACCUGACUCUCCACUCGAGAACGCCGCGCGUUUAUACCCGCUGAAACCGCGCUCGGUGCUGCAGCGCCGUAAUACAAUUACGGGCGCAACGCCAAUGAGUGUGCGCUCUAGCGCAUCGCUCGGCCUCGAAGAAGUGAAGCACACGCUACGCGCUGACAACUACGAUGAUGAGCCGUACAUUCGCGAUAAAAGUGCCUCGUGCAGUCACGGCCUCGAGCGCGACUUGCGACCAUCGACGGUGAUUGGCUUCGGGUCUAGUUUGCGCAAAAAGAUUGUCAACUUUGAUGACACACGGACGAUUAUUGAUACGGCAAGUGAGAAAAAGUUGUAUGUGCAGCAGAACGCGAUUAGCGCUACUUCCUUAAGUAGUUUGCGUGAUGAAAGUAUUGAGUUUAUUGACGAAUGUGAAGAUCUCCAGGAUAGGAGUAAGAUGGCGCGUCCGGUUACCGACGCAAAUGACAACGAAACUUCCGCUUUGGUGAAAAAAGAAAGUGUCAGCACAAGUCCGCCAUCUGUGAAAUCCAUUAAGGAAAGUAUCAAUGAAGCGCACAAAGCGAGAUCACCGCCUGUUACAGUCCGAGAUACUGUUUUAGAAGAUUUUCGCAUUGAUAACAUUAUCAAAAAGUUCGAAAAACCUACAGUUGCGCCCAGAUUGAGUAAAAACUCACAACCACCACCGCCUCCACCAGCAAAACCUGUUGUUCUUCCAAGAACUACAAAACUGAGAGGUAAAUUAGACAAAAGUCACAGUACACCAGCAUAUGACAUGCAAGAAGAGCUCGAAGAGUUAAAAACAGAGGUUAAACCUGUCAAAAUCACUGAAAAACAACCCGAAAUACCUGCUAGGCAACCAGUUAAACUUGAAGUUGAAGGUGAUAUACCAGAGAGUAAAAUAAAGUACGAGUUGGGUAUACCACUUGUACGAUAUCCACCUGUGAUUGAGGUUAGGAAAUCCAAAUUGGAUGUGCCACCGAAACCACCUCCGCGGACGAAUAUACCAGAACAGUACAAAAAAGAUGUUCAAGUACCAGUACAAGAUGCACAAAAAGAAAAGACUGAUUUUGAUAUAUUGAGUGAUGUGCCCCCAAGCACGCCGACAAAAAUUCAAUAUGGCGGCGCUGUCACAAUACCAGAUCAAGAUUUUGAUCCUAAACAAGCAUCAACGCCUGUAACGAAAUACUUCAAGGAAAAAGAAGACACGCCGCUGAAGAGUAGCAUAAGUAAUCUGACAUGCAUCAGCAGUAAUUCUUCACGCGACGUGUUUAAAAUCGACACGCACAAACAACCAACGAAAGAAAAAGAACACAAAACAUCGCCGAGUACUUCCCUCGUGCGCGCCAUCUGCAAUUCAAGCAAGAGUAAAAAGAAAAAGAAUUCUUUGCUUCUAAAACGUCGAAAAGUCAGCGUGAAUGAUGUGAGUCCGGGUGAAAUGCAAGGGUUUUUACAUCAGAGGCUAAAAAGCAAACAUGAUUCGAACAUUCACUGGGAAAAACGCUGGUUUGUCUUAAAUCAGCACUGUUUAUAUGGUUUUGCAUCAAAGGAAUCAACCAAAGCGGAGUGUUACAUUGUUCUCUCUGGUUUCACCGUGACUGAAGCCACCGAAGUGAAAUCACGAAUGAACGCAUUCAAAGUAUAUCACACCGGCACGGUGUUUUACUUUUCUGCGGAAAGCAAAGAAACGCUCAGCGUUUGGCUGGAGACUAUCACGAUUGCAACCGCGCCAGUAUUGGAUUUAUCUAAGUCAACAGAUGAGAUUCAAUACUCCGAGACGGAUAAUGAGAGUGAUAAUGAUACCAGUACUCUAUCAUCAACGAAGAGUGAAAAAUCCGAUGGUAUUAUUAAAUUUAACUCGCUGAAAAAGUUCGCGUCACGAAAACGAGAUGUCAGUGUUAGCAGCAGUAGCGGCAGCACUAGUUUAGACAGGAAAAGGUUUUUCAACAAGUCAAAUCCACAAAAGAACACCGUACCAGUGCCAACUGCACAGUUUAGAUCGUAUAGAAAAAUAACUAAUUCAACAACAAUUGGAAAUUUCACAUCACACAUUCCUAACUUUGCGAAUGUUAACAAAACCACUUCUGUAUGUGGUAAUGAAAGUGAGGUUAGAUCAUCCAAAGCAGAAGGGUCGAAAAGUAUGGUUAACACCACCGCUAGCAUUGAUUCCAUACCAAAUUCUGUUCAAUCAGAACUUCCAGUUCCUAAUAAUCCAGUUAAACUAUCCACGCGACAUGCCAGUAAUCCCACACUUUGUAAUAUUGAUCAGUUUCCUUUGUAUGGUUUUCCACACCAUCAUAAAUCACGGAAUGAUGGAAGUAUGCAAGGUUUGCUGACAUUAGAGGAGUUAAUGAUUAGGGAAUCGCAAGGUAUGGUCACUGAUCUACCUCCGAUCAACCCGAAUUUGAUCCAACCUGAUGUGGUGUACGGAGAGGUGCCUACCCGGACACGCGCGCAUAAAACCCACAUGCGGACAUCUUCAGAUUGUACAGAUACAAAGGAAACUGUCAAAAAGGAAAGUUCUUGUUUCGGUAAGCGGUCAUCUUCGAUCAAAUCAAGGAAUAAAGAUAGAGAAUUACCGAGAGAAGUAAGACUGGCGAAUCAUUCAUUGCCACGAACACCACAGAAGCAGAAUUAUCUAUCGCACAAAGCCAAGUCGACAUCGUCGAAGAGUUUGAAGGCUUCGGAUUCGUAUGAGAUGAUUUACAGGCCGCAAGUGACUACGGAUGUGCAAUAUGCGCAGAAUAGGAGUUUGUAUAAUGAUCCGCAUGUUUCUUCGAAGGUGAAAAGUAUGAGUUUGAAAAAUACGCCAUUAUCCUUGCCUUUAUCUCGGGAUGAUAAAAAGUAUAGUUCGCAUGGGUUUGAAUUACAUUUGGAUAAUACUGGUGCUUCCCAGAAGAAGAGCAUGUUUAAGUUUUUUCAUAAAAAGGAGAAAGAUAAGCACUCUUCGAAGAUGGGUUUGAGUUAUGACAGUGGGAGUAGUCCGUCAAGCACGUGGAAUUCUCCAGAUCAGUUUAUAUCAUCAUCGACAUCAGCUGAUUCCUUCGCUACAGAUUCACCUGAAUUCUCCGAUCGGAUGGGUUUGUCACAUUCGCAGUCACAAGUGAUACAGGAUUAUCCAGGACUUGAAUAUCCGCCGGUUUUCGAAGCGGAGACGUAUUCUCUGUCGAAUCCGCAGGGCACACUUUUGCGCAAACAGUCGAAAAAGUGAUGGUUAACGUUUUUUCGCCCGAAGGCGAAACCGAAAUUGAAAUCAAAACUUUGUGCAAUUAUUCCAAUUAUUAAUAUUUAAAUACUACGCUUUAUUAAACUUUUAAAUCUAGAUAUUUUUAUGCCACAAAUGAAAUAUUAAGAUGAGGCUCUCAGAUAUUUUAUUUAACUAUGAAUGUAUUUAUAGACUAGGUAGGUAGUAAUAUGUAAAUUUUAUUCAAAUUGACUCAGAAACGUUUUUUCUAUGUGUACAAAGAUGUAUAAUAAACGUUUUGUUGGCUGUUAAAUAUAUAAAAAUUAAUUCUAA